AUGGAGUUGUCUGGAUUCCCACAUCAGGUAGGAGGUCAUUUCGGGCUAUUCCAAUGCACAGGCCAUGUAGCGAAACCAAUGAACACAAGGGAACUCGCUUUUUACGAGCUGAUGGGGGACAAUUUGAGGAGAUUCGUGCCGGAUUACUGUGGUCGUGUCAGAGUAUGUGCCACUGUGGACGAUGACGGCGAGUUGCAUUUGGUCGCUGAACCAGUGGUGGAGUGCCAUCCGAAGCUGAAGAAGUCAGGUUCAGUCCGUUUUCGUAUAGGCGAAUCAGGAAGAGUGGAAGUGGUCACGGAGCGUGUGCCAAACUAUUGGGCUGCGGAGUGUCAGAGCAAGGUAGUUCAUAAGCUGCUUGAGGGG